AUGUGGUGCCAGAAUGAUGCUGAUAUCCGGUUCCAUUUAGGCGCAAAAGUUCAUCAAUGCGUACUCCGCUUUCUUGAAGAGACAAGGAAAGCUCCCAAUUCCAGGUUCUAUGUCCGCGCUGCUUCAGUUGCCCGUCACAUUUACCUCCGCAAGACUGUUGGUGUUGGCCGUCUACGAAAGGUCCACGGUGGCACCAAGAACCGUGGCUCCGCUCCAUCCCACCACGUCAACGCCAGCGGUGCCGUUGACCGAAAGAUCGUCCAAUCCCUCGAGAAGAUCGGCGUUGUUGAAGUUGACGAGGAGAAGGGUGGCCGCAGAAUUACGCAAAGCGGACAGAGAGAUUUGGACCGUAUCGCCAGAACAACCCUCGAGGAGGAGGAAGAAGAUGACGAGUAA